AUCACAAAAUUUUGGGAUAUUACACAUUCCUAUUGGUGCUCUGAAUCCCUAUCAAGGGAGGUGGGCUAUGAAGGCUAGGGUGACUGCAAAAGGAGAUCUCUGUUGUUACAAUAAUGCUAGGGGAGAUGGGAAGGUCUUCUCAUUUGAUCUCCUUGAAUCUGUUGAUGGGGAAAUUAGGGUGACCUGCUCCAAUGUUGUUGUCGACUGCUUCUAUGGUGUUAUUGAGGUUGAAAAGGUCUAUUUGAUUUCAAAGGGUAGUUUGAAACCUGCACAAAAGAAUUUCAACCAUCUGAAGAAUCAAUGGGAGAUAUUUCUAGAAGCAAAUUUGAUUAUGGAGCAUUGUCCCAAUGAAGACGGUUCUAUUGCAAGACAGCAGUUCUCUAUCAGACCAAUCAGUGAAAUUGAGAAUGUUGAAAACGAUACCAUACUUGAUGCUAUUCGUAUUGUGAUUACUGUGAACCCUUCAGUUCCUAUUAUGAGGAAAAAUGGUAUGGAAACUCAGAGAAGAAUUCUGAAUCUUAAAUAUUCUUCUGGCAAGAGUGUUGAGCUUACCCUUUGGGGUGAGUUAUGUAAUAAGGAAGGUCAGUUGCUGCAAGAAAUGCUUGAUUCUGGGUCAUAUCCAGUCUUGGCUGUCAAAUCUGGAAAGGUCAACGACUUUAGUGGGAAGUCCAUACGCACUAUCUCUUCCACCCAGCUUUUCAUAAUCCAGAUUUUCAGGAGGCAUGUGGACUGACAGAGUGGUUUGAUCGAGGGGGAAGGAAUGCUGCUUCUGUCUUUAUUUCUAAAGAAAUCAUGCCAGGGGGAACUAAAAAUGAGAUACGGAAAACUGUUUCUUAAAUCAAGGAUGAAGGUCUUG